AUGAUUGUCAUGAAUCUCGGAAUAAAAGUCAUGUUUGUGAAAGAUGACCAAGGGGGUUUUCCUGCAUCUUCCUUUCCCCGGAGAAUUGGCCCUGUGGUGCUCAAAAGUCCCAGGAAAAGUAACUUCACCCCCAAUACCACCAUGUCAUUAGAAGUGUCUUUGAAGGAACAAGCUCUAAGGUACCUGAAGGGGGAAAAUGCAGAACCUGAGUGUGGAUUUUGGGUCUUUCUGGAUCCAGCAACAUUUUCAGAAGGACCAUGUUUGCAUGUGGCCGUCAACCGAGGGCUCCAAGCCAGAGUCUUCUACCACCUUGUCGUGGCCUUGACCACCAAGUCACUCCUGAAGGUGAGCCACAACUACCACCAUGGCACAGAGGCUGCCAUGGACCUCCAGAUCAACCUGGAGCUGUAUGCCUCCAAUGUCUAUCUGUCCAUGGCUUGCUACCUUGACCAGGAUGGUAGCAUUUAUACUUUGUUACCAAAAAUGAGCUCUAACAGUAAUGAAGAGGAUGCCACAGACCUUGGAUCUCCAUCCAGCCCCCCGGAAAAAGAAAACUUCUACUCGCAGUAUGUGAUGUUGAGGACCAUUGGCCGUGGAGGCUUUGCUGAAGUCAAACUGGCCUACCACCGCUUCACCAGCACCCUGGUGGCUGUCAAAGUACUUGAAAAAGAGAAUAAGUGGUGCUUACCGGUCAAUCCUGAGGUAAAUAUUAUGAAGAUGAUCAACCACCCCAACAUCAUCUCACUUGUCCAAGUGAUUGAGUCUGAGAAGAAAAUAUACCUGAUCAUGGAGGUGUUCGCGGGAAAACAACUAUAUCAAUACGUUGGAAAGGCUGGCCACCUGGAGGAAGACCGUGCCCGGGGGAUCUUCAGGCAAAUCCUAAGUGCCGUGAGUUACUGCCAUGAACAUGGAAUAAUUCAUCGGGACCUGAAACCGGACAACAUCAUGGUGGAUAGGAAGGGAAAUGUCAAAAUCAUCGACUUUGGCCUUGGCGCCCAAGUUAGGCCUGGAGAAAAACUCAGCUUUUACUGUGGGGCUUUGAAAUUUGCUGCCCCUGAAUUUCUCCUUAGAAGACUUUAUGACGGCCCCAAGGUCGACAUAUGGACGUUAGGAGUGGUUCUAUAUUUCAUGGUAGUCGGGAAAGUCCCAUUUGAUGCUGUCACCCUACCAGAGCUCGGACAUCAGAUUGUGAAUGCAAAUUAUACUGUCCCCUUGGGCAUGUCACCAGAGCUCCAGGACCUGCUUAGCCUCUUAAUGACAGUCGACCCCAGUCUUAGGCCAACAGUGGAUGAAGUGAAAAGACAUCCCUGGCUUAGGGAAGACAUGGAGGCUUCACCAAAUGACUGUGAAGAAAUGGUCCCUGGCUUGCCUGACCCUGCUAUUGUGAAAGCCAUGGAACACAUUGGGUUCCAAGCCCGGGACAUCAAAGAAUCAUUACACAAGAGAAAAUUCAACCAGACAAUGGCAUUUUAUUGCUUACUAAAAGGGCAGGCUCUCCAGUUUCCUACCUGCACAACCUUGGCUCAACCUGUGAAUCCAGGGGUGGCACCAUUCCCUUCCCUAGAGGAUCCUGUUGCUUUCCCUCUACCACCCAGGAGGAGGAGGAGCCAUGACCUUAUGCCCACAUGGUGUCUCCGGAUGAGGGAUGGCAAUCGGGAGCCGAGUCUUGGUUCCACCUCCUUGGAGGUCAACCCUUAUGUGGAAGUGCCGGGAAAAUCGAAAUGA